AGGAGGUGGUGAUCAUGGAGACAGAGUUGACUGAAAUGCCUGAGAAAAGAGCUCUGUCUUCCCAGGAUUCUCCCCAUUUCCAAGAGAAGAGCACAGAAGAGGGAGAAGUGGCUGCUCUGCGCCUCACGGCCAGAUCUCAGAGCUGAGUUCUAAAUCUAAGAGACUACUCAGGAGGCUGAUGAACUCAGAAGAAAAUGUUUUCUACUUACUCAUAACACUGGAUGGAUUUCUUCCCCAGUUAGUGUUUAUUGCCCCUUAACAGACAGGUAUCAGGAAACAGUGACAUUCAAGGAUGUUGCCAUGGACUUUACACCAGAGGAGUGGGGGAAGCUGGAUCCUGCACAAAGGGAUAUGAUGCUGGAGAACUAUAGGAACCUGGUCUCACUAUGGCUUCCAGUUUCCAAACUUGAGAACUACACCUUGGAGAAUGGAAAAGAACCAUUGAAGCUUGAGAGAAAAGCCCCUAAAAACAGCUAUUCAGACAUGAAGACUAGACCAGAGAGCAAGGAUUCAACUUCAUUGCAAGAUUUUUCCAAAGCAGAAUCAUGCAAAGUUGCAAUAAUAGACCAACUGACAAGAAAUAGUGUCUGUGACUCCAACUUGGAAGCAGCUCUUGAAUGUGAAAAUUGGUUAGAGAAUCAGCAAGGAGAUGGGGAGAGACAUUUGAGAGAAAUGUUCACUGACAUGCAUUCACUCUCUGAGGAAACAGACCAUGAGCAUGAUGUGUAUUGGAAAAGCUUCAAUCGGAAGUCUGUUCUUAUCACUGAAGACAGAGUUCCCAAAGGAUCUUAUGCCUUCCAUACACUUGAAAAAAGAUUGAAACAAAAAUCAAACUUAAUGAAAAAGCAGAGAACUUAUAAAGAGAAAAAACCUCAUAAAUGUAAUGAUUGUGGUGAACUCUUCACCUACCAUUCAGUGCUUAUUCGACACCAGAGAGUCCAUACUGGAGAGAAACCCUAUACCUGCAAUGAAUGUGGGAAAUCUUUUAGCCACAGAGCUAAUUUAACUAAACACCAGAGAACUCAUACUAGAAUUCUCUUUGAAUGCAACGAAUGCAAGAAAACCUUUACAGAAAGUUCAUCCCUUGCAACACAUCAGAGAAUUCAUGUUGGAGAGAGACCUUAUGAAUGCAAUGAAUGUGGGAAAGGUUUUAAUCGAAGUACACAUCUUGUGCAGCAUCAGUUGAUUCAUACUGGAGUGAAGCCUUAUGAAUGUAAUGAAUGUGAUAAAGCUUUUAUUCAUUCAUCAGCACUCAUUAAACAUCAAAGAACUCAUACUGGAGAGAAACCUUAUAAAUGUCAAGAAUGUGGGAAAGCCUUUAGCCAUUGCUCAUCCCUAACUAAGCAUCAGAGAGUUCAUACUGGAGAAAAACCAUAUGAAUGCAGUGAAUGUGGAAAAACAUUUAGUCAGAGCACACAUCUUGUUCAACAUCAGAGAAUUCAUACUGGAGAGAAACCCUAUGAGUGUAAUGAAUGUGGGAAAACCUUCAGCCGGAGCUCAAAUUUUGCUAAACAUCAAAGAAUUCAUAUUGGAAAGAAACCAUACAAAUGUAAUGAGUGUGGAAAAGCCUUCAUUCAUUCAUCAGCUCUUAUUCAACAUCAGAGAACUCACACCGGGGAGAAACCCUUUAGAUGUAUUGAGUGUGGGAAAAGCUUUAAGUGCAGUUCAUCUCUCAUCAGACAUCAAAGAGUUCACACUGAAGAGAAGCCCUAAAAAAUUACUGAAUGUGAAAAAAUGUAAGUUGGUUUUAUCACUAUGUUAAAUACUUCAGUGUUUAGGUGGAAGACCCAUCCAUAAUAUGCAUGUGAGGACCAAUUCUCUAUGGACCUAAUUUCACUUAUAAUACAUAGUUUUGAGCCAUAGACAGGUUCCUUAUGUACAUUAAUUUGAUAAUUAUAAAAUCUAGGCAGCAAUUUCAAAUUUUUAACUCCAACCUCUCAAAUAGCUAUUUGUGGAUAUUCAAGAAGUCCCUGAGAGUGGGUAGCAGUACAAACAUUGUGAAUUCUAAUUUUCCCCUCUCUGGGUUAUGUCAGAGCUUUGUUGUAGCUUCUCGCUUUGUAAGGGAAUUCUUACUGGGUAGGUUAGGCUGAGGGCUUAUAUCCUUAUCAGGAAGACAUAGUGUUGUUAUUUAUUACUCUGUGAGUCCCAAGUAGAGAUCUAGAUAUACAUAUGGUGUAAUUCCUCCAGACUGUCAUUUCUUUUAUAUUAGCCAUAAAAAACCAAAAAGGCAGGGUUGAAAGUCAUUAGGAUUCCCUUCCUCCCCCAAUAAGCUGCUGUCCAAUUUGAUGACCAUAACUAGGAUGUCUAAUAUUUACAGAUGAUUCUAAGUUAUGUUCACAUGGAUUAUGUUCGUCAUUGAUUUGUAUUAUUGUUAUCCCUCUACUAUGGUAACCUUCUUUGAUUUUCCAUUUCCCUUGGAGUUUAUGUGAAGUAACGAAUGAGUAAAAAUCUUAAUGGCAGUUGUUGAUCAAGUCCUUCUUUUCUUAACCUUGGCAGUAAAUGAAUCCUUGGUUUUCUAUAAUCAAAGUGUCAGGGAGAUUUCAUUUCUCUACUUCUGUAAGCUGUGUUGUGUCCGUUUGAGAAAAAGCUCCAGGGAUAUUGAGGGUCUGAAAAGUUACUGGGUUCAGUGUGUUAUUAUAUUUAGGGUCCCAGUAAAGAAGAACUGAAGCACUGUGAGACACCAGGGCAUACUUCCCUGUAUGAGUGGAAAACAAGUACAGAAAAUAUUUCACAGGAUAGUCCUCAGUUGACUUCCUUGAGAAUAUAAGCAGCUUCCCUUUAUGAAGAAGUUGCCAUUUCUCUGGCCUUAAUAUUUACCUGCUUUUUGUUGUUGUUUUAGUUCAGUCUCACACUGCUAUAAAGAAAUGCUUGAGACUGAGUAAUUUAUAAAGAAAAAAUGUUUAAUUAGCUAAUGGUUCCAUGGGCUGUACAGGAGGUAUGACCGGGGAGGCCUCAGGAAGCAUUUACUCAUGGCAAAAGGCAGAGCCAGAGCAGGUAUCUUCACAGGGAUGGAGCAGGAGGAAGAGAGAGAGGGAAGGUGCUACACACAUUUUAACCAAAUCUCAUGAGAACUCUAUAUCAUGAGACAGCACUAGGGGGAAUGGUGCUAAGAUUCUUGAGAAACUACCUGCAUGAUCCAGUCACCUUGCACUAGGCCCCACCUCCAACACUGGGGAUUACAAUUCAACAUGAGAUUUGGGUGGGGAACACAGAUCUAAACCAUAUCAUUGUCAUUCUCUAUAUCUUGGUUGGUCUUUAUCUGAGACCCCUGAAGAAGGUAGACAAAUCAUGAAACCACAGUGACAUAGUGGCAUAAGUUACAUUGGUGACCAAAGACUGGUGGGGGAAUUGGAAACAAUGCAAAAGGUCAAAUAAAUAUUUAGCAAAACACUAUACAAAUGUCAGUGUUUUCUUAUUCUAUAAAAUAAUACAUGUUGUGUGAAAAUAAAACUAUGAGAAAUAGUAGCAAAAUGUAAUUAAUCACAGAUUUCUUCUAUCUUAAAUCCUGUCCUUCAAGAUCAGUCUGUACCUCUGCCCCUUCAACAUUAUCUCUGUUAAGACUUCCUGUAAUUCCCUCCCAGUAGACCUUAGUUUUGUGAUUGGGGAAAAUGAGGGAAGUAGAGUUUAAAGAAGUGCUAGUGGGGAGCAUCAUCAAGGAUGAAUGGAUUAUAAAUCCAGCAGUGAUGGAAAUCAUAGGAGACAAGAGUGAAAGGACUCUUCACAAAAGGAUUUUUAAAUGAACAAAAAACACAUUUAAGGGGGUGGGUGGGAAGGCUUAGGGUCGGAGAGGUCAGAGUAGGAGAAUGACUGGUUCAAGAAAAUACAGGGGGCUGGGCAUGGUGGCUCACGCCUGUAAUCCCAGCACUUUGGGAGGCUGAGGCAGGUAGAUCACCUGAGGUCAGGAAUUCGAGACCAGCCUGACCAAUAAGUUGAAACCCCAUCUCUACUAAAAAUACAAAAAUUAGUCAGACAUGGUGGCAUGUACCUUUGGUCCCAGCAACUUAGGAGGUUGAGAAAGGAGAAUUUCUUGAACCCAGGAGACAGAUUGCAGUGAGCUGAGAUCAUGCCAUUGCACUCCAGCCUGGCUGACAGAGCACGACUGUUACCAAAAAAAAAAAAAAGCAAGAAAAGGAACUCACCUCUUUUAUCACCUUAGUCUUCAAUACCAAUGGUUUAGAACAGGAAUUGACAAUCUGUGGCAUGGACUCAUGGGCCAAUUCUGGCCCACCACCUAUUUCUCAGAACAUUUUAUUGGAAUUCAGUUACACUCACUCAUUUACAUGUUGUCUUUGACUGCUUUUGUGUCCUAUGGCAGAAUUGAGAAGCUACAGCAGAGAUAGUGCCUUUGGGCUUUAAUAUCAUAAAAAGGGCAGCUCAUAAACAACAGAAAAUUACUUCCGACAGUUUUGGAGGCUGGGAAGUCCAAGAUCAAGGUGCCAAAAGAUUUAGGGUCUAGUGAAGGUCUGCUUCUUGGUUAAAUUACUUUCCACUGUGUCUUCUCAUGGUAGAAGGGGAGAGCUCGGGUAUCUUCAGCCCCUUAUAAGGGCACUAAUCCCAUUCAUGAGAGCUCUACCCUUAUGACCUAAUCACCUCCAAAAGGCCACAUUUCCUAAUAUCAUCAAAGAAUUAAGUUUCAUCAUAUAACUUUGGUAGAGAUAUAGCCCAUAGUAGGUUGUAUGUCUCCAAAAGCCUAAAAUAUUUACUAUUUUGCUGUUUACAGAAAAUAUUUGCUGAUCUCUGUUCUAGAGCAUUCAUCAAGAAGUGGGAUAGAAGGUUUAAACCAGUCAGAGAAAUUAGGUGGAAUGGAAAAAUUGAACUUAUCGAGAGAUAAUUGGGGUCAGAAAAAUAAAAGAGAUGGGAAAUGACAUAUCAAAAUACUCCUCACUCUAAGAUGUUACUAUGUAUGAGAAUUCAAGUUAUUGAAAUUUGCCAAAUUCUUGAGUGAAAAGAAAUUCAUUUGAGGCCCAAAAUUUGACUAAGGAAAGAAGACCAACAUGGGCUUUCCAGAGUUGAGUAUGAAGUCUGCCACUCCCACUAGGCAGUCAUGUGACUUUGAAAAACUCUCUACUCUGAGUCUCAGUUUCUUUAUCUGUAUUAGUUUCAACAAAGGGAGGAUAUCAUUGGCCUCUAAUAAGUUUGUCAUAAGGAUUAAAGGAACUGGCAGACAAUAAGAGUCCCCCACUCCUACUCGGUGCUCUCUUUCUCUCUCCUUGUCUCCACAGAGAAGUGGCUGAGCAUGCAUCAGUAGAAGUUACUUAAGGGUGGGUGUGUUUUCCACAUCUUUUGUUUAUCCAUGAAGAACUGUGAUCAUCCUGUUCUCUGGUUUACCGUGAAGAUGGGAUUUUACUUCUUUCUGCUCUUGCGUCCAUCUGGUGCUGUUCUCUACACAGCCUCCUUGAGACCUUCCAGAACCUUUUUUUUUUCCUACUGAGUAUCACCUAACCAGUAGCUAUCUGGGAUGGUUCCAGAGGCUGAAGUUUGCAGUUGAAUAGCAUUUUAAAUAGUGUUAAAGGGCUUGGGAUUUCUGGCCCUUUGCAUGUCAGUAUUUGUCCUUUUUAUGCCUGAUGUUUAACCUGCCGUAUGGCAACAUGAAUCAUGGACAUUUUAAUGUUACACAUUUCAAAUGUUUUUGGUUAUCUGUGAACUAAAUGUGCUCUUAUUGGCUCACUUGUCAAUAAAGAUAUUUGUAUAUGUAUUGUC